CGCGCAGAUGUUUGUUUACAUAUUCAACCACGACCGUCGUCUGUCAGGUGGAAAUUGAAAUCGUCCUCCGAAAAUAAGGAACUCGACUCAUUGUUUCUGAAGUAAACUGGAAAGGAAUAUAAGAAGCACUUGUUAUCAUCUGAAAGGUUUCACGCCAUGUCAAUUACCGAAAGAGUAUUAGGGACUCUUGGUUUAGCGGACAGAGGUGGAUCCAAUGGCAAGGAACCCGAAGACUGUUUAGGGUGUCGCCUUGUUGGAGGAGGAGGCUGUCUGGGAGCAUCUGCUUAUGUUGUCUACCAUGGUUCCAAAAACAGUCAUCCACUUGGACGGAUUUUCACAUUUCUAUUUGCAGGAGCACUUGGAGGAAUAGGCGUCUCACGACUGUUUGGACUUCCACCGUUUGAAAAGAAACAGCAACAGACUGACAUUACAACUCAGUGAUAAUGUUUAUGGUUUAUGCUGUAAUUGUUCUCUUCAUUGAAUGCGACUUGUAAAUGUAAAUACUGCUUUGAAUCUGGUCUUAAUCUUGUAGAAAUAUUUGAAACCAAUUAAAAACCCUUUUUUU